AGUGGGAGGAGGCGACCCCCGACCCCCGACCCUCCCCACUCGCCACCCCACCCCCCGCCCCCCCUCCCUCUCCACCACCCCGCGUCGCCGAUCGAGAACCCUAGCUCGGGGUUGCGGCCUCGCCCCUCGCGCCCCGCCGUCGCUGCUCGAGCUCGGUCGGGUCGCCGCCAUGGAUCUGUCCAACCUGACCCUCGUGCUGCGCGCGGCGCUCAGCCACGCCCCCGAGGAGCGCAAGGCCGCUGAGGCCAGCCUCGAGCAGCUUCAGUAUACGCAACAACAUUUGGUGAGAUUGUUACAGAUCAUUGUCGAUGGAAAUUGUGAUAUGGCUGUGAGACAGGUCGCAAGCAUUCACUUCAAGAACUUUGUUUCGAAAGCCUGGUCUCCUAUUGAUCCUGAAGAAACACGUAAAAUUCCAGAAGUUGACAAGUCUAUGGUUCGCGAGAAUAUACUGGGCUUUGUUACUCAAUUGCCUCCACUGCUAAGAGCACAGCUUGGAGAAAGUAUCAAGACCUUAAUCCUUGCGGAUUACCCUGAGCAGUGGCCUAGCCUUCUACAUUGGGUUACACAUAACAUGGAAUCGCAGGAUCAAAUUUUUGGAGCACUUUAUGUGCUAAGGAUCCUAUCCCGGAAAUAUGAGUUCAAGUCAGAGGAGGAAAGGAUACCUUUGUAUCAAAUUGUUGAGGAGUGCUUUCCUCGUUUGUUGAAUAUAUUCAGCACACUUGUCCAGAUUGCCAAUCCUCCAAUUGAAGUUGCUGACUUGAUCAAGCUGAUCUGCAAAAUAUUCUGGUCCUCAAUUUAUCUAGAAAUUCCAAAACAACUGUUUGAACCAAAUAUCUUCAAUGCAUGGAUUGUUCUGUUCUUAAACUUGUUGGAAAGGCCAGUUCCAUUGGAAGGGCAACCAUCGGAUCCUGACGCUAGGAAAGCUUGGGGCUGGUGGAAAGUCAAGAAAUGGAUUACCCAUAUCUUGAACCGUUUAUACAGUCGGUUUGCUGAUAUGAAGGUUCAUAAACCAGAGAGUAAAGCUUUUGCUCAAAUGUUUCAAAAGAACUAUGCUGGAAAAAUUCUGGGAUGCCAUCUACAGUUGCUCAAUGCAAUUCGCACUGGUGGCUAUUUGCCUGAGAGGGUUAUUAAUCUUAUCCUUCAAUAUCUCACCAACAGUCUCACGAAGAACAGCAUGUAUCAGCUGAUGCAACCACAAAUCGACAUAAUUCUUUUUGAGAUAAUAUUUCCAUUAAUGUGCUUCAAUGACAAUGACCAAAUGUUAUGGGACGAAGAUCCGCAUGAGUAUGUUCGGAAAGGCUAUGAUAUAAUUGAAGAUUUGUAUAGUCCUCGAACAGCUGCUAUGGAUUUCGUCAGUGAAUUGGUAAGAAAAAGGGGAAAAGGCAACCUACAAAAGUUUAUCCAAUUUAUUGUGGAGAUAUUCAUGAGGUAUAACGAGGCAUCAAUUGAAGCAAAACCCUAUCGCCAAAAAGAUGGUGCCCUUCUUGCCAUUGGGACAUUAUGUGAUAGGCUGAAACAAACUGAUCCAUAUAAGGCUGAGCUAGAGCGAAUGUUAGUUCAGCAUGUCUUUCCAGAGUUCAGCAGUCAUGUUGGACACUUGCGUGCAAAGGCAGCAUGGGUUGCUGGGCAGUAUGCGCACAUCACCUUCUCAGACCAGGACAAUUUUCGCAAAGCUAUGCAUUGUGUUAUCUCUGGUUUGCGUGAUCCAGAACUUCCCGUCAGGGUUGAUUCAGUUUUUGCUCUCCGUUCUUUCGUUGAGGCAUGUAAAGAUCUGGAUGAGAUCCGUCCUAUCCUUCCACAGCUUCUUGAUGAAUUUUUUAAGCUUAUGGGUGAAGUUGAGAAUGAGGAUCUUGUUUUCACCCUUGAGACAAUUGUUGAUAGAUUUGGUGAAGAGAUGGCACCAUAUGCCCUUGGACUGUGCCAGAGUUUGGCUGCUGCCUUCUGGAGAUGCAUGGCUAGUUCAGAAGCUGAUGAUGAAGUAGAGGACUCGGGUGCUUUGGCUGCUGUUGGUUGCUUACGUGCUUUAAGCACAAUCCUCGAGUCCAUUAGCAGUCUUCCCCAUCUUUUUAUCCAAAUAGAGCCCACUUUGUUGCCUAUUUUGCGCAGGAUGUUAACUUCAGAUGGUCAAGAUGUUUAUGAAGAAGUUCUGGAAAUAGUGUCCUAUCUGACCUUUUACUCACCAACAAUUUCUUUGGACAUGUGGAGCUUGUGGCCAUUGAUGAUGGAGGCUCUUAAUGAUUGGGCCAUUGAUUUCUUUGAGAAUAUUCUUGUCCCACUAGACAAUUACAUUUCUCGUGGCACUGAACAUUUUGUUACAUGCAAAGAUCCUGAUUAUCAACAAAGCUUAUGGAAAGGACUGUCAUCUGUUAUGACAGACCAAAAUAUGGAAGAUUCAGAUAUUGUGCCGGCACCCAAGCUCAUUGAAGUGUUUUUUCAAAACUGCAAAGGACAAGUUGAUCAUUGGGUUGAGCCAUAUCUCAGGCUUACGAUUGAUAGGCUCCGUCGAUCAGAGAAGCCAUAUUUGAAAUCUCUCCUUGUACAAGUGAUAGCUAACGUAUUCUACUACAAUCCUUCGUUGACACUUGCAAUGUUGCAUAAACUUGGAGUUGCGACCGAAAUUUUCAAUCUUUGGUUUGUCAUGUUACAACAAGUGAAAAAAAGCGGCAAGAGGGUGAACUUCAAAAGAGAGCAUGAUAAGAAAGUCUGCUGCUUAGGAUUGACUUCACUUAUUGGCCUUCCAGCUAAUCAUAUUCCAGCAGAGGCUCUAGAACGCAUUUUCAAGGCAACACUUGAGCUGCUUGUUGCAUACAAGGAGCAAGUUGCAGAAUCUAAGAGGCAAAAUGAUGCUGCUGAUGAUGAUGUGGAUGAAUUUGAUGCUGAUGAAGAAGAGAAUGAGGAGGAUGAGGAUGAUGGGGAGAUGGGGGUUGAUGAUGAAGAUCAGGAUGAAGUAAAUAGUCUUAAUAUACAGAAACUAGUACAGGCAAGAGGUUUCCAGCUCCAUGGUGAGGAUGAUGAUGAUGAUGAUUCUGAUGAUGAUUUUAGUGAUGACGAGGAGCUGCAGACCCCGAUAGAUGAGGUGGAUCCAUUUAUCUUCUUUGUUGGAACCAUCCAAGCUGUACAAGCAUCGGACCCAGCCAGGUUCCAGAACCUUAUGCAGACACUGGAUUUUCAUUACCAGGCACUGGCUAAUGGCGUUGCUCAGCAUGCCGAGGAAAGAAAAGUUGAAAUUGAGAAAGAGAAAUUGGAGAAAUCAAAUGCACAGUGAUGAAUGAGUUAUAGCAAUGGUUUGUUUGUCUUGAGUUUUGUUGCAGGCCAGAGUACCUGUGAUUUGGUGAUCGCAGGCAAAUCAGUUUUUGCAGCCUUGGUCUACUUGUUUUUGGAGGCCUGAGGCACACAGUUCUUGGAAUAGAAGAAUCGGACAACCGAACCAUCGUGGAUAAUCUCUUGCAGCCUUGGUCUAUUUGUUUAUGGGUGGUGCGAGCCCUACAGAUGAUACUACACACUUGUUAUGAUGCUGUUUUGGUCCUGAGCUUCGGCUCCGUUUGGUCGGAUGGAAUUUGUUAAAUGAGCCCUUUGGGUGGGGCGCGUCCCCAAGUUCUCUUAUAGCUAGGAAGGUCCGGUGUAGAGUGUAUAUGAUUGGGCGGUUAUUGGUGGAUUACCAAUACGAUGGUUUCAUUUUUUUUCCUUCUGUCGUUGCAGGAUUCAGUGAAUCCAUUUUUGUCCCUACGAUUUGUUGAACAUCGCUGAAGCAUGUCUCUGUAUGGUUUGACAGAGGCUGGUGAAAUAAACUUUGCCUGCAUCUGGUAACCUGGAUCUGGUUAUGAUUACAAUGCAGAAGUUUUUUGUUGUUGUGA